CUGGCCUGGAUACUCCCCUCUCGUUUGUUUCUCCCCCACAGGACAUGGUGCCUACACCGCAGAGGACAGAGGGCCCGGGUACAACGGGAGUAGGACUAUCUGUACAGCCAGCAGGCGGAUCAGUGGCAGCUGCACCAGGAACAUCUACCCCGUCAACAUCGGCAGUUGUUGGCGGGGCAGGGAGGUCCAUAAGGCACCUAGUGAGGGCAUCCCUGGCGCAGAACACGUGGAGAGCUUAUUCACAGCACUGGGGCGAGUGGGUAAGUUACUGUUACGCACAAGGCGCAGCGCCGGAAAGGGUCUCGAGGGAUCUGUUCUUGGAGUGGCUGGCAGAGAAACAUGGGCAAGGGACUUCGAAGGGCGCUAUAUCCAAUAGAAUAGCUGCAAUCUCCUUCUUUUGCAAUAUGCUAGAGUGGCCCAAUAUCACGAAAGGUUUCCUGGUGAAGCAAGUGAUUAAGGGCUGGGGAAGGCUCGAGGGUAGAGCGAAAGAUGCGCGCGAACCUGUCACAUUUUGUAGGCUAGCCAGGCUGGUGGACGCAAUCGAGGGCAUUUGCGUCGAACCCGGCGAAAGAGAACUGUUUCAGUGCGUAUUCUCCUUGGCGUUCUUUGCGGCCCUCAGGCCGGGCGAGCUGGUCGCAACCUCAAAGGAUGCAAUUAACACGGGUAUGCAGUUGGCUCAUGUCAAACUGGCGGGCGAUAAUUUGUUAUUGUUUAUCCCGCACUCGAAGACUGACCAGGAGGGGAAAGGGGUGUGGAUCACUCUGACUCCCUCGGCAUCAGGCGUCUGCCCGGUUGUGAGUACAAGGGCCUACAUGGCGCAGCGACCACGGGCCCCCGCCCAGUUCUUAGUGCAUUCCGACGGUUCGAAUCUCUCCCGGUACCAGUUCGCAGCGGUGCUCAGAAAGGUAGCGCUUGCAGCAGGUUUGGGGAAGUGUAGAAUCACCCCCCAUUCCUUCCGAAUAGGGGCUGCCACCAGCGCGGCCGCGCUAGGUUGGAAAGGAGAUCGCAUACAGAAGUUGGGCCGAUGGAGGUCCCAAUGUUACAAGUCUUACGUGCGCCCUCCAGCUGAAGCCUAGGGGGUAUUCGGUGUAGGAGGAAGGAAACUGGCGUUUUACAUUUGUUUGGUUGUGUUGUUUAGUUUUAGUCUAAGGUGAUUGACUAUGUAAUCCGUUUUUCAGGUGUGGCUACAGGUCCUUCUCGUAUCUGGAUAAUAGGGCACUCCUACGUGCACUGGGCGGCACUGAAGGCCCAUUCUCUUCCUGAGGGGCAGCAGUUGGGGAUUCCGACGUCUCAGGCAUCAAUACGGUGGUUGGGCCGUAGAGGCUUACAGUGGGAUGGUUUGCCUGCCCUCCUCCAGAAUGCCAGACAUCGAUGGGGACAGCCCCACAUCAUCCUCCUUCACAUGGGGGGAAAUGAUAUAGGGAGUGCACCUGCUCUAGAUCUCAUCAAUGCGAUGAGGUCGGAUGUCAAGUGGAUCUGUACCACGUUUCCGGGGGUUAGGCUGGCCUGGUCCAACAUAAUCCCCCGGCUGCGUUGGAGAUAUUUCCCCACACCGAGGAUAGCAUAUAGGGUUAGGAAAAAAGUUAACAGGGAGCUGGGUAGAGCAGUAAUAGAGGUAGGGGGUUUUGUGGUCCGCCAUGAACUGAUCUCAGCGGACAAAAAAGGGCUGUAUCGCCCGGACGGGGUGCACCUGUCCGACGAAGGGCUGGCGAUCUUCCUGGUGGACCUCAAAACGGCUCUGGUUAGUAAUAUUUAGCGGGUGGCGGCAAGAGCCCGGUUUAUGUGGGAGUGCCUGUCUCUUGUGGCGGGAGGUCGUAGCCAUCAACAAUUGAGGGCGGAGUCUGUAGAGGUGACAGUCGGGCUAAUGGGCGGGGGUGAUGUCCUCAGGUCGUGACCUGGGGGGCCCCGCCCCGCGGGUCUGCUGGCUGAAGAUCCUUUAGGACGUCCGCGCCUACUAGACGGAAUGGGGUGGGGCCACAUUUGUGCCCACCCUUGGCAUUUGCUAUUCCACGACAUCUGGCUGCGACCUCUUGUCAUAUGGAGCUAAUAGUUUACUAGGCCUCGAAUGCCGCCACAAGUUAAAUAUUUGAAUGACUUCCGUUGAAGUCAAGUUAAUAAAUGUGACCAUCGUUAUGGUCUUUAAAUCCCAGCUAUCUGUGUCGUGUCUUUAUUUAUAAGUUAAGUAGUUAUGUUAAGUUGUUUUGAAGGGGUUGGAACUACCAGAUACAGCAUCAGCCCUUAGGGGAAUGAAAGGUAGCAGAGUCUCCUGUAAUGGAGUUAAGGGAUGAGCUGACAGGCUAGUGGAAAAUCCCAGUGUAGUGUAGCAGCAACAAUGUUGCAAAGUGAGGGGAGGUCUUAGGCUCACCUAAUAUAAACGAAGUUCUGGAACAAUCUGGCCUCUUCCACCUGGGAUUUUGCAAGGAGAAAGUUUCCCUCCCUCCCAACCCUAUUGUUGAAUGGUUAAUUAAGUAAUUGCUAUGGCAACAGUUUUUAGGCGUCAUUCAGGCAGAUGGCUUCCCGGACGGGUUGCUGGUCCUUUAGAUGCGAAAGGCAGGGAUGGGGUUAGUUGACCUAGUCUUGGUAAGACCUUAGCCGUAAUUUAUUUGCUUCCUGGGCGAGCCUUGCUGCAGGGCUUGGCCAUACCAGUGCCUUAGAGGCUGAAGCGCAUCAUAACAUCCACGUAUCUCCUAAUGGCGGGAGGUCGUAGCCAUCAACAAUUGAGGGCGGAGUCUGUAGAGGUGACAGUCGGGCUAAUGGGCGGGGGUGAUGUCCUCAGGUCGUGACCUGGGGGGCCCCGCCCCGCGGGUCUGCUGGCUGAAGAUCCUUUAGGACGUCCGCGCCUACUAGACGGAAUGGGGUGGGGCCACAUUUGUGCCCACCCUUGGCAUUUGCUAUUCCACGACAUCUGGCUGCGACCUCUUGUCAUAUGGAGCUAAUAGUUUACUAGGCCUCGAAUGCCGCCACAAGUUAAAUAUUUGAAUGACUUCCGUUGAAGUCAAGUUAAUAAAUGUGACCAUCGUUAUGGUCUUUAAAUCCCA